CUUCUGUUUGGUUCAGUGUGAUUCAUAUGUUGUUCCUUUUUCCCACUCCACUCUGGGAGAGCGGGAGGGAUUUUAGGAUUCCAGAUGGAUCGCCCGUGCUCCUGUUCUUGGCCGUGGACCGCGCCUCUGGCUCGGAAUUGCCUGUCCUUCCUGGGAGAGGAUCUCUCCUUCAUGUCCUCUGCAGACACAUCAGCCGGAGCUCGACGCUCUGCAGGAAAAACCUCGCGGCUGCAGGACCGGAGAAGUUCACUGCCGAGUUCAUCCAGAAGCAGAUCGAAGACUUCAACAUCGGAAAACGACAUUUAGCCAAUAUAAUGGGAGAAGACCCGGAGAACUUCACCCAGGAGGACAUCGAUAGGAGCAUCAGUUACCUGUUCCCUUCUGGCCUGUUCGAGAAGAAAGCUCGGCCCCUGAUGAAGCAUCCAGAUGAAAUUUUCCCAAAGCAAAGAGCUGUCCAGUGGGGGGAGGACCGACGGCCGUUCCACUUCCUGUUUUACACCGGCAAACAGUCGUUCUAUUCACUAAUGCAUGAGGUUUAUGGCAAAAUGUUGAACAUUGAGAAGCACCAAGAUCAUCUCAGAAGCAAAGGACUCUUCUCCAAAGAUGGUCAGAAGAUCUCUCUCGGGAUGAGCAGGUGGCUCACAAAAGAGGAACUGGAAGCCUUGUUGGUGGAGGACAUCUCUACUCACGAUUACGACCGCUUCAUCCAAGUAAUGGAGCGGCUGCUGUCCAUGCCGUACUGCGGCGCCGAGGAGGAGUUCGUCCUGCGUUUCCGGCAACUCCUCCAGGCCCAGUCCAGGAAUCAGGUGGUGCCGCCGCUGCAGAAAGAUGAGGACGGCGUGGCUUUCAGCUACGCAGAUGGCUUCAGGAAGACGUCUACCUCCAGCGUGGUUCUUCGAGACUGCGGUUCCGGCCGCAUCAGCAUCAACGGUCAGGACUCGCUGCUGUACUUCCCCGUGCUGCAGGACAGGGAGCAGCUGAUGUUCCCGCUGCAGUUCACCGGAACGCUGGGACGCUUCGACCUGCGCUGCACGGUGAGCGGCGGCGGCAGGUCCAGCCAGGCGGGGGCGCUGCGGCUCGCCGUGUCCAGAGCACUCCUCAGCUUCCUGACCCCGAGUGAGGGCGAGAUGAUGAGACAAGCCGGCCUCCUGACCCCUGACCCCCGCGUGCGAGAGAGGAAGAAGCCCGGUCAGGAGGGCGCACGCCGCAAGUUCACCUGGAAGAAACGCUGAGCGGAAUUCACCUGCAGUUUGCUCUUUCGGCCACCAGAUGGCGGUGUGCCCCCACAAAUGUGACGUUGCUUCUGUGUAAAUUAAAAGCUUUUUCAUAUAAGG